GGAAUCGACACGGAAUGACCCAUCAGAGGAAUAUUCACCUUGCAAAAGCGUGACUUGACAAGCCACCAAAGGGCAAGGGACAGUUCACUCUACAUUGACCAUCUACAGAGUACAGUAAGUUAGAUUCCAUACUGCAAACUCAAAGGCCCAGACCUAUUCAUACCAAGUCACGAGGUCGCAAUGGUAAUAUAUAGGUAUGGCCACGGCCCACGAGACAAACGAUUUCGACUCAAGUCUUCUCUCGUAUUCCGAAUUCUGAGACAUUACGAUCGGGAUCAAGAACUCAUUUGCCAGGUUCCUCCAGGCGCCUUACCGACAGUUCCGGUUGUGUGUCUGUGUUUGUGUCUGCCAGGCACCAAGAAGGGGGGGUGGAAGACAUCCAUCAUCAUAAACACAAACUUCAAAAGGCUUCUCUGCUGGAACGCAAGGCACUAAAGAGGGAAUUCCUUUCCAUUGUCUCGCAAAAAAGAAAAGUUUCGUCAACACUAACUUC